AUGUAUACACUGCAGGGGUUUUCAACGUAUUUUCUGAUUUUAUUGUGCGUAAUUUUGGAAUUGAGCACUACAAAGGAUGCGCAUGCAACGUCCGUAUUUGAGGCGUAUGAUCAUUACGGGCCGCCGGCCCCUCAACCUCAACAGACAACACUCAAUGUCAUGGAAUUUGGAGCUGUCGGAGAUGGAAAAACAGAUGAUUCCAGCGCUUUUGAAUCAGCAUGGGAAGCAGGUUGCCGGAAUGGUUCAGGCAGUGUUACCAUAAGCGCACCCAGUGGGAAGACAUUUUUGGUCUUCCCCAUCCAAUUUGGAGGCCCAUGCCAACCCUACAACAUUACCCUUGAGAUAUUAGGAAGCAUAGUUGCUCCACCAAAAACAGAAUGGAAGAGUAAGACUGCAAGUUCAUGGCUUAAGUUUCGUGGAGUUGAGGGGCUUAAGGUGGUCGGGAAUGGACAAGGAUUAGUUGAUGGACAAGGAGCUUCAUGGUGGGGCCAGGGAGACGACCCGAGACCAACCGCAAUGGUAUUUACUGAUUGUAGGAAGGUGGAAAUAAGGGGAUUGAAACAAAUAAACAGCCCGAAAUUCCAUCUCUCCAUAACUCAAAGUAGUAACGUAAGCAUUUCAAGCAAUCACAUAAUCGCCCCUGCAAGCAGUCCCAAUACCGACGGCAUUGAUCUCUUCUCUUCCACAAAUGUCCUCAUUCAAAACUCCACCAUCCAAACAGGGGAUGAUUGUAUUGCCAUCAAAGGAGGCACUUUCAAUGUUACUAUAUCCGAGAUAGCUUGUGGUCCUGGACAUGGAAUAAGUAUUGGGAGUUUAGGGCAGAGUGGAAAAUACGACCAAGUGGAAGCGAUAAGAGUAAAUAAUUGCACUCUCAACGGAACUACAAAUGGUGUAAGGAUCAAAACAUGGCAGGGAGGUUCUGGGUUUGCCAGAAAUAUCCAUUUCUCGAAUAUAAAUUUUGUGGCCGCCGACCGCCCCGUCAUCAUCGACCAGUUUUACUGUCCUCACAAAAAAUGCAGCAAUCAUACGUCUGGUGUCAAAGUGAGUGAAGUGACAUAUACAGGACUGGUAGGAACAUCUUCCUGCAAGAAUGCUACCAUCAGCUUCAGGUGCAGCAACACCGUUCCUUGUACUAAUAUUACACUUAACGGCGUUGACAUAACAUCAACCGAUCCUCGCAAUUCAACCACUGCGAUUUGUCUGAACGCUUAUGGAACGGCUCAGGAUACCACCAGCCCCGUUGUCGACUGUUUGAUCAAGUAG